CCGUCCUUCCGGGGGCCGAGGGCAGCCGGGUUCACCGAUGGGUCCCGCGGUGCGGUUGGCGAGAGACAGCGGCCAGGGAGGUCCGGGCGCCUGUUGAUUGCUGCGGCGGCAGCACUGCCCCGGGCUCAGCCGCUGCCCUAGGCAGCAAACUUCCCAAACGACGGGUGAACAGGCGAGGCCGGCGGGCCAGGGCCGGGCGGCGGGAGCGAGGAGGGGGGUGUCGGCGUGAGUAAUGGGGCUUGCUCCCGGGAUCGAGCGGAGCCUCCCUGCUCUUCACGGCUGGUGUGCGGGACAGGUCUCAGCGCGGGAGGCGGCAAUACACCUACGGUCGUUAGGCGAGCGGUGCGGAACUUGAGGUGCGCGCAGCCUGCGUAGGCUUUCUUCUCCAACUUGGAAACCAAAAGGACUUGGGGAUUUUAGGCAUGCGCUAAGCCAUGGUACAUGAAAAGCUAUAAAGCAGCAGUAACAAAGGUUCAAAAAUGUUGACAAAGGAGUGAUCUAUUCCACAUGAAAAUUAGUGUCUGCUCUGUACCUUCACAAGAAAUCUGAACGCAAAAGGGUUAAAGUGUGUGUGUGUGUGUGAGAAAUCGAAAAAGCCAAGAACGUCUUUGAGUAGAUUUUUCAACAUGAAUCGUGCUUUUAGCAGGAAGAAAGACAAAACAUGGAUGCACGCCCCUGAAGCCUUAUCAAAGCAUUAUAUUCCCUAUAAUGCAAAGUUUCUUGGCAGUACGGAAGUGGAGCAACCCAAAGGCACUGAAGUUGUAAGAGAUGCUGUUAGAAAAUUAAAGUUUGCAAGGCAUAUCAAGAAAUCUGAAGGCCAGAAGACACCCAAAGUUGAAUUACAAAUCUCAAUCUAUGGUGUAAAAAUUCUAGAUCCAAAAACAAAGGAAGUCCAGCACAACUGUCAACUCCAUAGGAUAUCAUUUUGUGCUGAUGAUAAAACUGACAAGAGAAUAUUUACUUUCAUAUGCAAAGACUCAGAAUCAAAUAAGCAUCUUUGCUAUGUAUUUGACAGUGAAAAGUGUGCGGAAGAGAUAACUUUAACAAUUGGUCAAGCAUUUGACUUAGCUUACAGGAAAUUUCUGGAAUCUGGAGGAAAAGAUGUUGAAACAAGGAAACAAAUCGCAGGUUUACAGAAAAGAAUUCAGGAAUUAGAAACUGAAAACACAGAACUGAAAAAUAAAGUUCAAGAUUUGGAAAACCAGUUAAGAAUAACACAAGUACAUGCAUCUCCACUUCUGCACAUAAAGUGUGAUAAUGAUGAACAUAUGUUUCAAAGACCCUCUACUUUUUUCUGGUGUAACAGUGAGGAUUCACCUCCUUGUUUAGAUAUCUCUUCCAUUACACUUACUCCUAGGAGUUCUCCUGACUCUAGACUACCACCUGGAUUGUUAAUACCACCACCUUCAAAAAGUAGUCUUCCAAAGCCAACCAGGGAAUACAGCUGGCCAAGACCUCGUGCAGGCAGUGUGACACCUAAAUCACCCUCCACUGACAUCUUUGAUAUGGUUCCCUUUUCUCCCAUAUCCCCUCAGUCAUCAACACCUACUCGCAAUGGUACACAGCCUCCUCCAGUACCCAGUAGAUCUACAGAGAUCAAGAGAGACCUUUUUGGAGCAGAACCUUUUGACCCUUUUAGCUGUGGAGCAGGAGAUUUCCCUCCAGACAUUCAGUCCAGACUAGAUGAGAUGCAGCGUCAUCGAUGGUUGGUAUAUCAUAUUUUGAUAAUGGUAUUUAAAGCAUUUACAAUUGAAAUGUGCAUGUGUUCAUGUCUGGUGUCUAUUUUUAUGAAUAUGUAUGUACAUAUGCAAAAACUUUCAUGUAACUUUUAAAACUUUUAGUGGCCUACAAUUUUUUAAGGUAGGAAAGCUGAUUCUUUUUCUUAUCAGCUGCUAAUACUAAGCCUUCAUUUUCAUUGCUGUUUAUUUUCCAUGUGUACUAGUGAAGCCUCCAGUUUUCGUUAUCAGAUUGUCCUUAGUGAAAUGGUUUAAGCAAAACCUUUGAUACAUAUAUUUUUGUGUUAAUACAGUCACAUUUGUGAUUAUUUGGAAAUAAUUACUUAAAAGCUUGAAAUGAGCAGAAGAUAGCUGUACUAGAAGUCAGUGGUUGUUAGAUAUACAGCUGAUAAGAAGAAAGGUGAAAUGGAUGCUGCAAAAGGUAAAAGCACAGAAUAUGCAAUGUGCUCUGGAAAAUGUAAAGAAACGUAAGAAAAAUACAGGCUUCUUUCCUUCUCUGGAAUGCAAACUGAAGGAAUCUGUUCACAUUAUGAAAGUACAGUCUGACUUUCAGUAAAUACAUAUUCCAUUAAAUAUACAAAGGUAAGUUGCUUAUGAACACAUCUAAUAGCUCAAAAUAUAAACUCACUCUGAGACGGUGUUAAAUACAGCUUAUCCUGCAGUGAGUGGUAAGCAAGCUGUCUCGGCAGCAGCCAGUGACAAACUGAUUGGAGCAGCUCGGUCCAGACUCUCUUACCCUGUUUCUCCUGUAAAGUUAUGUCAGAUGCCUUGUCAAACAUAUGCCUGUCUGCAGUAAAGCUGUCUCACUGUAUGUGUGCGUUGGAAGGUGAUGUGUAAGCAAAGUGGGAGGGGAAAGUGCAGCACAGAAGAAGCUUUGGAGGAUAAGCCCUUUAAGUAGUGGGUGCUUUCCUCUGCAUCCAAUAUUCUGAAUUUAAAAAGAUCAGAUAAAUUUUCCUGACCUCUGGGAGAACACUUUUAUAUUUAAACUUCAGUGAGAGUCCAGAUUUCACACUCAAGCUCUUUCUACUCCAUUUCUCAGUCUAGUCUCUUGUUGAUAUUUUUGGAGAGCUCAAAACUCAAACAUAUACUGAGAUGUGACUUUUACAGCUCAGGCCUCUCUCUGAUGACUAUUCAACCUUCCAUUUCCCCCACCUUUAUGCUGAAACAUAUUUUAAUUUCACUAUUUUUACUGCAUUCAGACAUUAAUAAAUGUAAUCUGUCUGUUUUCUCAGAAACCUUGCAGUUGAGGGGAAGUUUCCCUGGAUCAUUACUCAUACCAGGAACAGCUGCUAUAAUUUAUUAAAAUCUCAAGGUAGUUAAUAUCAUAAAGCUUCCAGGAGCUGCAGGCCAUUCUCCCUGCAUGCCCUGAAGCAGUCAGUAGGAUUGAUGUCUUUCUAUCUGAAAUAAGUUACCCUCAGCCUUUUAAAUUAUCUUCUCAGAGAUGUGUAAAUUUAUCAUUGGUUCAUAGGCUUUCCACUGACUUAAGCUCAUGAGGUGAAGUUACUGUGAAGUGACGAGUCAACCUCAAAGCAGUAAGGCUUUGGCAAAUUUAUCUUCUGGGGAAAAAAGAGUUCUUUGUCUUUUACUGUUUACUGUUUUUAACCGGAAUAGCUCAUAUCUUAUUAUCAGAGAAACUAAAAAAGUGGGUGUUUUGGAAGAGGCUUUGUUUUCAGGUUGCUUUCACUCGUGAAAACAAGCUUUGCUACUCUCUUCAAGAGACCAAUCAUAUCCUUUAGUACAAUACCAUUAUUUAUCUGGGUAACUAAGAUGUUCAGUCCUUGUAUUAAAUCACCCUGAAA